GUUUUCAUCCAAAACAGGAUGUCAGACAGCGAAUCCAUCAAGAAAAUGUUGCGGUCUGUACUCCAGUCUAGCAAGGAUGGCGUGAGUAUUCUCAAACUGCAAUCGGAGUACCGCUCACUCUGUGGAGAGACCAUCCCUCUGAAGAAACUGGGCUUCACCAAUUUGGAGGAUUAUCUCAGAAGCAUACCCUCUGUGGUGCGGAUGGACUACCGCAAUGCAGACUUGAGAUGCUUUGCUGCAGUAUGCAGUGAGACAGCACACAUUGCCCAGCUGGUGGCGCGACAGAAGAGCGCCAAGAAAUCAGGGUGCUCCCAAUUCGUUAACUGCAGGAUGAGACGCAAAGAUUCCGAGCCUUACAUGAAUCGUGGGUGGCCAAUGUCUUCUCUACGGCAGCCUUCAGCUGGUGGCGCAUUCAGGCCAGCCAACCGCUUUCAACUCCACGGUGGCUACAGAGGCUUCAGUGCUUCUGGCGAUGUCAGGCUACCGAGCCAGUGCUUUUCUCCACCAAUAGCACACAGACAACCUGCCCCUCAGCCAUCUGUGAAACAAUCUGCUGUCCCAAACAGGGCCAAGAAUUUAGUGAUUCCGCAGAAAACGAAAGAGAAGCCCCAUGAACAAGUCUCCGGAACCAACAACUCGGAGCCAACACUACUUGACAAGACUGUGGUGCAGGAGAGAUUAAUCCAGCUACUGAGCAAGUACUGCUCUGGGCUGUGGAUGUCAAAACUGCCCACUAUCUUCAGUGAAAUGUUCGGUCAGCAGCUGUCUCCUCAGGUGACCAGUGAGUUGGAAAAGUGGACACACAUUUGUAAGGUAGAAAAAUCAAGCAGCACCAAAGGUGACUUCCUGGUUUAUCCUAUUUUGCCUUCCUCGACUGCUUCGGCAAGGAGCCUGUCCGAAGGCCCCUCAAAAUCCCCCUUCCGCUCCAGCAUGAUGUCUACAUUAAGUUCCUCCCAGGUGUCUACCUCUGCCCCUCUCCGAGCGCAUUCUGUUUCAAAACCUCCAGCUGGCCCCGGAGAAGCCUUAGCCAAGCCAGCAAUCGGUUUGGCUCCACAGUCAACUGAUCAUUUCACUUCUUUGAAGAUGUCACAAAACUUGUCUAAUAGUCACACAGUCAGUUCAAGUAAUGUCAACUUGGUUUCAACUGCUGUCAAUGGCGGACCAAAUUGUUACUCUAUGGCGCCUAUGGGCAAUUAUCCGCCAAAACCCAACCCUCCUGCAUUAACUCUUUCUUGUCACUUCCGCUCUGAGGAUUUACCACCACAAAAGUCCACAUUGUCACUGAACUCUGUUUCCUCCCCUGGUCCUCCCGUUGAGUCUUGUGCUGCCGUUUUGCCAGCUGAUGUCUGUUACAGAAUAAAGGAGCUUCUAUCCAAGUACAGUAAUGGGUUAUGGGUCCAUGCAUUGCCCAAACUUUUCAUGGAUGCUUACAAGGCCCCAUUCCCUGAACACUUUAUGGAUAAAUUAUCUCUCCUCCCGGACUUGUGCACCGUGGCAUACCCUAUUCCACACAACAGCAAGAAGGCCAUCCUGUAUAAGCCAAUUAGAGUGAAGCUAGAAGACACUGAGAGCCAUGCCAGUCAGAAGAGCAGAAGGCACCACCUUCCAUCUGGUCUGGAGGUUACUGGCCCUGUAGUUCCUCCCUGUUUAGUUCAUCCCUUAGUCCAGUAUCCCUCUGUGCUGAUUACUGAGGCCAAAAGCAGUAAUGCUGUUACUGUACGGUAUGUUGGCGAUGGCUAUUCCAAAGCCCUGGAGGCAAUGGAGGAUGCUAUGCAUGCCUUGUAUAAACAAAACUCCACACUCCAGCCUCUCUCUCAGCUUGCCGUGGGUCAGCUGGUAGCAGUCAAGGGAGAGAAUGGCAACGAACUGACGAGAGCUCAGGUCACGGAGGUGACCAAUGCUAACAUCAAGGUUUACUAUGUUGAUCAUGGCUUUACUGUGGAGAUUCCUCGAGAAAGUCUUUUGGAGCUGCACCAUGACUUCCUUUCACUACCCUUUCAAGCCACCAUUGUUAGGAUGGCAGGUUUAGAGGCAUUCAGUUCCCAUCCAUCUGUGUUGUCCUCUUUGGAGACGUUUGCUGUUGGAAAGAUUAUGUUAAUGGAGAUUUUGGCCUCAACUUCACCCAGUGACUUGCCUGAGGUCUUACUCUAUGAUACCUCACAAGAUGAUGACAUCAACAUAAACUCUCUCUGCUUAAAGGAAUUGCAAGACCAGACCAUGAAUAACCCUUUAACUGUGAAUUCUACUUAUCGGGGUGUAUGUGUCACAAAUAUUUGUGUGGAUGGCAUCAUCUUUUGCCAGCUGCCCUCCAGAGGAGCCACAAGGCUCAACAAGUUGUUGGAAGAAACAAAAGCAUUUUUGCUCUCUCAGGUGACCUCUGAGUACUUGGUUUCUCAACCCUUCAUUGGAAAGAUGUGUCUGACCUGCUACAAAGAUAAAUGCUGCAGAGUGGAGAUAACCAACCUUCAUGGCAAUAGGGUCAUAGAAGUUGUCUUAAUUGAUUUUGGUGUCUCAGCAACAGUCGAGGUCACUGAACUUCGAGAGAUACCCCCUCUUUUUCUCCGAGACUUUGCCCUCAUCCCGCCACAGGCCAUCAGAUGUCGUCUGGUGGAUGUGAUGAUUCCAGAGGGAGAGUGGAGCCUAGAUGUCGUUUCCUGGUUGAAGAAUGCUGUCCUGGGUGUUGAGGAUUGUAAAAUGAAGAUUCUUAAGUUAGAGGAGCAUAAGGAGGGGAAACUUGUGCACAUGUACCUGUUUGUUCGUGCUGACUACGAGGACGUGCACCAGAGCAUCAACCAUAAGCUGAGCAACCCUGAAGUGUGGCAGACACUCAACAGCAACAGAAGCUUCACGGCCACUAGUAAUGGCAGUGCUUCAAUCAAGAGACUGGAUGUAAGCAGCCCAACUUACCUUCAGCCACAGCUAUUUGAAUCAUCUUCAGCAGAAACAACCCCCACGAUGCCCCCACCUCUGGCGCUCCCCCUGGUCUCAAUCUUGUCUGAAUCGUAUGUAAGUGAGUACAGGAGCGGAGCACACUUUUCCUUCCUCUCCGAAUGCACUUGCAUCAGGAAAUUUUCGAACGCUCCCAUCAUCAUUAUGUUUCCUUUGUGCUCUAAUUUUCAGCUUGGUCAGAACAUGGAUGUCCACAUAUCAGCAGCUUGCCACCCUGGUUACUUUGUGCUGCAGCUGUGGCAGGACCUGCAUAAAUUGGUCAUGUUGAUGGGAGAGAUGAUGCUGCACUACAAUCAGACUGUGAGCCCCACAGAUGUGCAGAUCAAAAAAGGAGACAUUUAUGCUGCCAAAAUAGACAAAAGUUGGUACCGUGCAGUGGUGAAGGGGAUUCUGUCCAACGGCUUGAUUUCUGUUUACGAGCUGGACCACGGAAAACACGAGCUCAUCCGCAGCUCUUUCCUCCAACCCUUGAUUGAAGAAUUUCGGCAGCUACCUUUUCAGGCCGUCAUUGCACAGCUGGCAGGUGUGCCAAAGUGCCAGUGGUCAGAAGAGGCGUCCUUGGUCUUCAGGAACCAUGUGGAGAAGCAAGCGCUCGUCGCCCAGAUCGAAAGUAUACAAGAUGAGUCGGAGGUCCAAGAGGAACUGUGGGAGCGCAAAUUAACGGUCUAUUUAGUGGACACUAAAGUAGAAGACAAGGACCUUUGGAUCCACACCCUCAUGGCGGAUUUUUGCAGUGAGUGA